AUGUUUGGACCUCUUGGCUUUACCCUCGCACCUCAAGUCAAGGCAUCCCGCGGUCUAUACAAAUUCCUGGCCCCGAUCGCUCAAUUCUAUGCGCGGAACACUGGACAUCGCCAAGUGGGCUUGAGGUAUGACGACCUCCUUAUCGAAGAGCGUGGUGAUGUACAGAAGGCGAUCUCUCGUCUCCCUGAGGACGAAGCCUACAACCGGGCCUAUAGGCAAAAGGUGGCGGUCCAGCAAUCUCUGCUUCACAAGAAUCUUCCCAAAGAGCAAUGGCUCAAACCUGAGAAUGAUAUUCGCUACCUCCGGCCUUACGUGGAGCAAGUUGUAAAAGAGGAUCAGGAGCGGGCAGAAUGGGACACGAUUACUGUAACCAAGGCUCACCAUUAA